AAGAUCCGAUAAAACUGUGACAAUGUUUUUGCAGCAGAAAUCGGGCAAGUACUGGACUAUGCCCAUGUGCUAAGGUAGAGCUCUGAAUCUCCACAUCUGCACUGUGAACUUUUCACAUAUCAAAUUUCCCGGUUGAACUGAUUCUGAAGAAGCUUGUCCAGAAGCAGUUCUGUCACGGGCCAAUCGGUGCACCAUUUAGCUCACGUGUGCUCUGAUUGUCAGAAAGGUACUCAGCAAAGGGCCAAAAAAGCCCGAGCUACAUGCUCCAGAGGCACAUCCGUAAGACACCAGCACCGCUUUUAAUCUUCCAGCAGCUUAUUUGUGCCCAAUUCUGUUUGGCUUCGAGGGUUCUGGGUUUCUGCGCACUGCGAAUUUGGAGUCGUGCUUGAAUUCAAUGUCGUGAUUGGCUUCUUUCAGGUGGAUCAGCCGAGGCACAGAGAGAUGACGCUGGAGACUGAGAAGAAAUCGUCUCGCCCUGUGAAAGCUGUUUUGAAGGACGCGCGGUCUGUUCUGUCCUCUGUCGCGGACAGUCCUCAGAAUUGGGCGCAGGGUGUUGACGCACCUGCUGCUGAUACGGGUCCGAUCGCUCGAAGUGGGAAUUUUGUUCUGCAUUGUGCGGAACUUGUGAGAGAAUUUCACCGGCUCCUGGUGACUGGGACGAAUUUCGAGUUCAAAGAGUGGACUGUGGUCAAGGCUGUAACAGAAUUGGUCGUGCGAUGGGGCAUUUACCCGUAUCUGAGUCCAGGGGUGGGAAUUCCCCUCCAGAAACGAUUUGGGAACAAAGCAGCCUCCGCAGCAGCCAACGCCGUUUCUGAUUACGUUCGUGCUUCUCAACCAGUGGAUGCUAGCUUUGAAGGGCAACUGGCUGGAGAAAACUCGAAUGCACAUCCUUUGAUAUUCUCAGCUGAUCUGCUUUCUUUCAUAGUGCUGGAGAAGAUCUUCAUCGUGCCCAGUGAUAGUUCUCUGAAAGGAAAUGCAGGGACGGGUGGGGAUGAAUCGAAUGUUUGCAAAACGGUUGCUGGCACAGACGAAGAUGAAGAGAAAUAUGAGGGAAAGUACACCCCAGCGGUGGAUUCGUCACCUGGCGCGUUGAGACAGCUUAUCUUAACCCAUCACCUGAUUGAUAUUUUGGCAGCUCUCUUGCAAAUUGCUCAUGAUGAGCAUCUUGGCCCGAAGUCUUGGAAAGAGGAGGCUGUAGAAAGAAUCAAGGCCAUUUUGGACAGACUGCCUGUUGACUACGUUGUGGAAGCGCUCUUCGGUUUGCUCGGGCAAAAUAGUAGUGCAACCCCACCUCCAUGGCUAAAGCCCGAGGUGGGGAAGCUUCUUUCUCAGGUCGUUAUGAGGACCGGAGGCCUUUCAACUGUGAUGGAGAGGCUUGUGGGCGGAGCAGAAAGUGGAAGUGUGCAAGUUUAUGACAGAGUGGCAGCUCACUUGGCCAAGGUACCGAGGCAUGUGUCGACAGCGGAUGCGUAUUACAAGGCUGUUUGCACAGAGUUGCGGAUGUUGUUGUUCCUUCCCGACAUUUCUUACAUUGACAAGAACACCACAAAGGCGCACAAGAAUAUGCAUCAUACUUCAGUUGCUCUAGCCUGUAUCUUGGCACAUCAAGAGCCAUUCUUGACAGAAAAAUAUUUACUUGGACCUGUUGUCGAGCCUCUUUUGGGUUGGAGUGAGUUGGAAAGUCGGACCCAAUCGAUUGUCGUGGAGGGUGAGAGAAAAGUAGAGAGAGGAGGUUCAUCUUCGCGAGCAGAGCAUGAUGUGCUGGAUGGUCUGCAUGUCUUGAAACUCUUGCUCACGGCUGGCCACGAUAAAUCUUCCAGACUGCGCCAGCAGCUUGUGAAACUUACCUUACCUUUGGUGCCAAAAUUGAUAUUGUUGAAGUACCUCAUCUGGCCGUCGUAUGGCAAACAUGUCGAGCGUAAAUUCAAAGCCCGUAACUCAGUAGUAGCUCAUUCAAAAACCACUAGAGCUGCUGAGAAUAUGGAAACUUUCCCUCCGAAGAGAGAUCAAAAAGCUGGUCAGCGUAAGGACUUCCAAGUGGGAUUCUUGAAUGGGAUAAGGCUGUACGAUCUUGAAGAUGAUGAAGAGAGGACAGAGGGAACUGUUGGACAUUUGAUGGGCUGUAUAUCAGACAUUGUGGACUGUCACCUUUCACAAGCCGCUGUGCAUGUUGUACCCAUCGUCUUCACAUUUCUGUUUGACCUCAGGACUACUUCUAUAAGCUGGCCUGCUUCCGAAGGAGAGAUUGCAGGUGCUUUAGAAGCUGGCAAACGCCAGGUGGAUUCUUCAGCCAUUUUUCUCUCGAAGCUACUGCUGGCGGGAGAAUAUUGGGAGCUCACGGUAUCUCUCUUGGUUGAUUUGUUGAGGAGAGCUUUAUCGCUGAGAAAAGCUGCGCAGAUAAGGUCUACAGCGUCCAGUCCAGACCAAUCGAUGGAGCCAAAUGUAGAUGCUGAGGCUGUCUUACGUAUAGUGCAGACUCUUGAGGUCCUGUACGUGGAAGUUGGCAUCGAAGCGGUAGAGAGAGAUGCCACGGGAGCUUUGCCACUGCUCAAGAUUCUCCUUGACGAUGAGGAGCUUCUGAACGACAGGGAGAUGCUGGAGCUGGUGCUGCAGUUAGUACAUUCUGCAUUCUCUCAACUUCAUCAAGACCACAAGCGCGUUGAGGAUGAUGCAAAUGUUCCAGUACCGAAAAGUGCAGAGCAGGUUGGAUUAUUGAAGAGUAUUGGAAUAUCACUUCAAAAGAUUACUGUUUCCUCAAAAGUUUCAAAAGAAUCUCAAGAUUUCGCGGCAUCUCUGAGAUCUGCUCUGGCUCUACAUCUUACAAGCGAACACUUGGAACAGUUGAGAUAGAAGUUCCAAGCAAAUGCCGAUGCCAAUUAGGGAGUAGAAAUGUCCAGGUGUUUCGCAGUAUACAGAUGUUUCAAAACAUCUUUUACACGUCUCGGGAACUGCAAUCAGGGCCGGUACACUGGGAGUAGGAAGGUUUUGAAGGUGGCAAGCAUUGCAUUUCAUUUUGUCUCCUUGACCUAGUAACUGUACAGUUCAUCAGGUAUUGGUUGGCUGCAGUAGUUUUCAAGGCUGUGGUCUCCAUUUGUAGAAAAUGUUAGCUUAACAAAUAAUUGAACAUGUUGAGCAGAGGAUUUAUGUAGUCACAAGAAGAGUCCGGAUGAGCAUAGCAAAGUCUGACAAGGUUUUUACAGAAAAUUCCAAUGAAGUACUUGUAGACUAUUAAGAAUAAAUUCGAGCUCGCUGGAUCAAGUCCCUCCUUUUUCAUGUGCAACUUCAAAUGUUCGUGUCUUUCCCAUUUUAACGGGGACCGCGCUUGUUUUCUGAAUAAACUAUUUACACAGCCAAUGCACGUGAUAUGCCUUUAUUUUGACUCUGAAU